AUGGCAGAUGCGCGAGAGCCCUCCUAUUCGGUGCGACCGAGGGUGCAGUAUAAUACCGUCAAUGGCGUUAGUGGUCCCCUCGUCAUAGUAGAAAAUGUCAAGUUUCCAAUAUAUGAUGAAAUCGUCACCUUGACCCUUGGAGAUGGAUCUGAGAGGUCGGGCAAGGUGUUGGAAGGACGAGGCGACCGAGCCGUCGUUCAAGUUUUCGAGGGCACGUCUGGAAUAGACGUCAGCAAGACCAAGGUUAGGUUCUCGGGUCAAAGCAUGAAACUUGGUGUAGCAGAGGACAUGCUGGGACGUGUAUUCGAUGGGUCUGGCAAAGUAAUCGACAAAGGGCCAAAGGUGCUCCCCGAAGAUUAUAUCGAUAUUAAUGGGAGUGCUAUCAAUCCCUAUUCUCGGGAAUAUCCCGAAGAAAUGAUAUCAACUGGUAUUUCCGCUAUUGAUACCAUGAACUCGAUUGCCCGUGGUCAAAAGAUUCCCAUUUUCUCGGCCUCUGGGCUACCGCAUAAUGAGAUUGCUGCCCAGAUAUGCCGACAGGCGAGUUUAGUUAAACAUCAUGGCGUCACUAAUAAAGGCGUCCACGAUGGCCAUGAAGACAACUUCUCGAUUGUGUUCGGUGCCAUGGGGGUAAACCGAGAAACAGCUAGGUUCUUUACUAGGGAUUUUGAGGAAAAUGGAAGCAUGGAGCGUGUCACCCUCUUUCUGAACCUAGCAAAUGAUCCCACAAUCGAGCGCAUCAUCACCCCCCGACUGGCUCUUACAACCGCCGAGUUCUUUGCUUACCAGCUUGAAAAGCAUGUUCUCGUAAUUCUUACCGACAUGACCGCCUACUGCGAGGCCCUCCGCGAGAUCUCAGCGGCAAGAGAGGAAGUGCCCGGUCGCCGUGGGUUCCCCGGGUCCAUGUAUACUGAUUUGGCAAGCCUCUAUGAGCGCGCUGGUCGUGUUACUGGGCGAAAAGGCUCCAUCACGCAAUUACCAAUUCUUACCAUGCCGAAUAACGACAUCACUCACCCCAUCCCCGAUUUAACUGGUUACAUCACAGAAGGCCAGAUAUUUAUUGACCAAUCCCUUCACAAUCGAGGCAUUUAUCCGCCAAUCAAUGUUUUACCAUCCCUCUCUCGUUUAAUGAAGUCUGCUAUUGGAGACGGCAUGACAAGAAAGGAUCACGCUGAUGUCUCAAACCAAUUAUACGCGAAGUACGCUACAGGUAAAGAUGUGGCCGGAAUGAGAGCUGUAGUUGGGGAAGAGGCUCUCUCUGCAGAAGAUAAACUAGCGCUUGAGUUUCUUGAUAAAUUCGAGAGGCAAUUCCUUAGUUAA